AUGGUGCCCCAAGUGCAUACUGUUGUUUGCAGUAGAAAUAAUCCUGUAGAUAUUACACAUGAAUGGUAUGAAGAAGGUGACCUUGUGAUUGGUGGAAUAGUGUCUUUUAUCCGUUACUUAUUCCCCAAGCUUUCCUUCAAGAAACACCCUUCUCAGGUCUUUAUUGACAUUCCAGUCUAUUUUGAUUCAAGGACGACCUACAAAAACACUCUGGAUCUGCUCUUUAAAUCACAUCACUUUGUCCCCAACUACAUAUGUGGCAUUCAGAAAAAAGUAGUAGGCGUCAUUGGGGGACUUAGCUCUGACACCUCCUCAGCCAUGGCAGAUGUCUUAGGUCUUUACAAGAUUCCACAGAUUUCAUAUGGUUCAUUUCAACGAGCCGCAGAUAAUCAAAUCAAAUUCUCUUCCUUUUACCGCAUGGUCCCCAAUGAAGGACUUCAGUAUCAGGGAAUUAUCCAGUUACUUUUGUAUUUCGGAUGGAAAUGGGUUGGGCUCAUUACCACAGAUAAUGAAGCUGGAGAACGUUUCUUGCAGACUAUUGAGCCAAUGCUUUUCAAGAAUCAGAUCUGUUCAGCAUUCAUGGAAACUAUUGAAUACCAUCAGCGUUUCAGCAGUAACAUCCUUGAUAUGAUAGAUGAUAUGAAUCGUAGAUCAAAGCUAGUCACACGAGCUUUCAUAAUGAGCAAAGCCACUGCUGUUAUUAUAUAUGGAGAAAGUCAGUCUAUUUCAUGGCUGUCACGUGCUGCAAUGACAAUCAAGAUAAAUCUGCUAAUAUAUCAUGAAUAUAGUAAGUUACCUGAAGGAAAAGUAUGGAUUGCAACAUCUCAAAUCGAUUUCAUAUUAGAUUUGUUUCAAAAAGAUUUAGGCUUUAACUUACAAAUGUUCCAUGGUGCUAUCUCCUUUGCUAUCCACUCCAAGGAGACUCACAGCUUCCAAGGUUUUCUUCAGCAAGUAAACCCUUAUUGGGCAGAUGGAGAUGGUUUUAUCAACGAUUUAUGGGAACAAGCAUUUCGUUGUUCAGUUUCAAACUCCACUGUGUCAAAAUACGUAGAUGGCACAUGUACUGGAGAGGAGAAGCUGGAAAGCCUUCCUGCGCCAGUCCACUCAUUCCUGCAGAAGAUCUCAUUCAAUAAUAGUGCUGGUGAUGAAAUCAUAUUAAAUGAAUACGGAGAGUUAGCAGCUGGCUUUGAUAUUACAAACUUAGUCACUUUCCGAAAUGGAUCAUAUGUCAGGGUCAAAGUGGGGAGGCUGGAUCCUCAGGCCCCUCCUGGCAAGGAGCUCACCAUCAAUGCGGACAGAAUCAAAUGGCACAGUGGCUUCACUCAGGAACCACCACUUUCAUUAUGUAACGCCUACUGCCGUCCUGGUUAUGGGAAGAGAAAGAAGGAGGGGGAGAAGUUUUGCUGUUAUGAUUGUGAUCCAUGUCCACAUGAGAUGUUCUCAAAUGAGAAGGAGAUGGAAAUAUGUGUCAGGUGUCCUGCAGGUCAGUAUCCAAAUGAAGACCAGGAUCAAUGCAUUUCAAAGAGACCAAAUUUCCUGGGCUUUGAUGAAAUUUUGGCCAUUGUAUCAACUUUCUCUGUACUUUUAUUCUCUCUGAUCACAAUUCUUGUGCUUGCCAUCUUCAUUAAGCACAAAGACACUGCCAUAGUCAAAGCCAACAAUAUAAGCCUCACUUACAUUCUCCUUGUGUCCCUUCUCUUGUGUUUCCUCUGUUCCUUGAUGUUCAUUGGAACACCUAAGGAGGCAACCUGCCCACUCCGACAAACAAGUUUUGGCAUCGUCUUCUCUGUGGCCCUCUCCAGUAUCUUGGCCAAAACUAUAUCGGUGGUUUUGGCAUUCAUGGCUACCAAGCCAGAUUCCAAAAUCAGGAAGUGGGUGGGCAAAAAACUGUCUUAUUCCAUUGUCUUUUCCUGCUCCAUUGUUCAAGUAGGAAUCUGUGUCUUCUGGCUGGCAACCUCAGCCCCAUUCCCAGAUGUGGAUAUGCACUCGAUGACGGAAGAAAUCAUAUUUCUUUUUAAUGAAGGGUCAGUCUUCAUGUUCUAUUGUGUUUUGGGCUACAUGGGCUUCCUGGCCAUUAUCAGCUUCACUGUGGCCUUCUUAGCCCGGAAGUUGCCAGACAGCUUCAAUGAAGCCAAGUUCAUCACCUUCAGCAUGCUGGUCUUCUGCAGUGUUUGGUUCUCCUUUAUUCCCACAUACUUGAGCACCAGAGGAAAAUACAUGGUGGCUGUGGAGAUCUUCUCCAUCUUGGCUUCCAGUGCUGGGCUGCUGGGUUGCAUCUUUUUCCCCAAAUGCUACAUCAUUGUGGUGAGGCCUGAGCUGAAUAACAGAGAGCAGCUGAUACGGAGAAAGAUGUAA